GCGCGCGCCGAUGGCGUUAUCACGCGGCGCGGCCGGCGCGGCGGCUACCUAGCGGGCAAGGCGGGCAUGGCGGGCUCCGCGCUCCUGCUGCGCUCGGCGUUGCGCUCCUGCCGGUCCCUGGGCGCCUUCGCCGCGGGCCGCAGGCCCCUGCGCACCAGCCCCUCCAGCGCAGCCUUCGCCAAGGAGCUCUUUCUGGGCAAGAUCGAGACGAAAGAAGUUUUCCCGUUCCCAGAAGUCAGUCAGGAAGAACUGAAUGAGAUCAACCAGUUUGUGGGACCCGUGGAAAAAUUUUUCAAUGAAGAAGUGGACUCGCGACGCAUUGACCGGGAGGGGAAGAUCCCGCAGGAAACUUUGGCGACCCUGAAGAACCUGGGGCUCUUCGGGCAGCAGGUCCCAGAAGAAUACGGCGGCCUGGGCCUCUCCAACACCAUGUACGCGCGCCUCGGCGAGAUCACCAGCCUGGACGCCUCCAUCGCCGUCACCCUGGCCGCGCACCAGGCCAUUGGCCUCAAGGGGAUCAUCUUGGUGGGCACCGAGGAGCAGAAGGCCAAGUACCUGCCCAAGCUGGCCUCUGGGGAGCACGUGGCCGCCUUCUGCCUGACGGAGCCGGCCAGUGGGAGCGACGCGGCCUCCAUCCAGACCAGGGCCACAUUAAGUGACGAUAAGAAGCACUACAUCCUCAACGGCUCCAAGGUCUGGAUCACCAACGGGGGGAUCGCCAACGUGUUCACGGUGUUCGCGAAGACCAAGGUGGAGGCUGCCGACGGCUCCGUGAAGGACAGGAUGACGGCCUUCAUCGUUGAGAGGGACUUCGGGGGCAUCACGAGCGGGAAGCCCGAGGAGAAGCUGGGCAUCCGGGGCUCCAACACUUGCGAAGUCCACUUCGAGAACACCCCAGUGCCCGUGGAGAAUGUCCUGGGAGAGGUCGGAGGCGGCUUUAAGGUGGCCAUGAACAUCCUCAACAGCGGGCGCUUCAGCAUGGGCACCUCCGCGGCCGGCAUGCUCAAGAAGCUGAUCGAGAUGACGGCCGAGUACGCCUGCACCCGGAAGCAGUUCAACAAGCCCCUCAGUGAGUUCGGGCUGAUCCAGGAGAAGUUCGCCCUGAUGGCGCAGAGGGCGUACGUCAUGGAGAGCAUGGCCUACCUCACAGCGGGGAUGCUGGACCAGCCGGGCUUCCCCGACUGCUCUGUGGAGGCCGCCAUGGUGAAGGUGUUCAGCUCGGAGGGCGCCUGGCAGUGCGUGAGCGAGGCGCUGCAGGUGCUGGGGGGCUCGGGCUACAUGCAGGACUACCCCUACGAGCGCAUGCUGCGGGACACCCGCAUCCUGCUCAUCUUCGAGGGAACCAAUGAGAUUCUCCGGAUGUACAUCGCACUCACGGGCCUGCAGCACGCGGGCCGCAUCCUGACCGCCCGGGUCAAGGAGCUCAAACGGGGCAACCCGACCACCGUGCUGGAGACCGUCGGCCGGAGGCUCCGGGACAGCCUGGGCCGGAAGGUGGACCUGGGGCUGACGGGGAAGCUCGGACUGGUGCACCCCAGCGUGGCGGACAGCGCCAACAAGCUGGAGGAGAAUGUGUACUACUUCGGCCGCACCGUGGAGACGCUGCUGCUCCGCUUUGGCAAGACCAUCGUGGAGGAGCAGAUGGUCCUGAAGCGGGUGGCCAACAUCCUCAUCAACCUGUACGGCAUGACGGCCGUGCUGUCGCGGGCGAGCCGCUCCGUCCGCGCGGGGCUGCGCAACCAUGACCACGAGGUCCUGCUGACCAACACCUUCUGCACGGAAGCUUACUACCAGAACCUCUUCGCCCUGUCCCAGCUGGACAAGUAUUCUCCAGAGAACCUCGACGAGCAGAUCAAGAGGGUGUCGCAGCAGGUGCUGGAGAAGCGCGCCUACGUCUGCGCCCACCCCCUGGAGAGGGCGCCCUGACCGCCCGCGUCCUGCCACUGUUCCCGACAGCCUGGCCCUGGCCCUCGCUGCCCUCCUGCGGCCAGGAGUGUCCGUCCCGCCGGGCGUGCUCAGGCUGGCCGUGGUGGGGCCCACGGGAGCCCCCUGACAAGGUGGUGCCACCAGGGCACAGGCCCCUCUGCAGCUCUCUGUGCCCCCCGCUUGUGUGUCACCUGUGCUGGGGAUUGGUCUGUGAGGUUGGUGGGCGUGGCUGUGACCACGCUGUCCCGCAGGCCUGGAGACUCAGGAAAGGGGGCGCUAGCCCCCACCUCUCUGCUCUCUUGGGGUCUCGGGUUCUGUUUCUGGCUCAUGGGUGUGCUGGGAGUGGGGAGCCUGUGAGCGUGUCGCUGAAUAAACUCCUGGGACCGAGGGUCGGCUCCGGA